AUGGCCGCAACCACUGUCGCCAACACUGCAGCAAACACAGCCGCAGGCCACAUUAGCGUCCCCAGCAUCGCCAUACUAGUCAAUGUGGCAAAGAUGCCUCCCGCGGGAGUGAAGCCGCCAUACAUGAGAGAUUGGAAGGCUGCGGCUAGGGAGCCUGUCACUCGAAAGAGAAUAGGAAUAUGCUUGUUAGCCAAGGUUAAGCAGGAAGGCAGGAAGGGGGUUGCAUCUUUUUUUUGUUGGGGGAAAGAAAGAAAAAGGAGAAGAUCUUACGAGGUUGAGCUACCCACUCCAUCAACUCUGACCAGCGCUGCUCUAUCCAGCUGGCUAUUCCACUUCCAUCUCCAUCUCCUCUGUACACUCCACGAGGAACUGGUUGAUGGCUGCGGGGAGGCUGCCUGCGCGGGUGAAGUUGGUGCUUGCGAGGACGAUGUUUGGGAUGUGCAUUGUGCCUUGUAUUGUAUCUUUUGUUGUUGGACUGAUCCAGAUAGAUUAGCGACGAGAGAGCCAGGCGCGUCUGGGCUUCUGUUCAUGCACCACCCCCCAACAGGAAACAAGACUACAGCUAGAGCCAGUCGUAAGGCAAACUCGUUAACAAGCGACAAAUUUAUAUUAUACGGCGGCUAG